AUGGCGUCGACCUUCCCGUUGAGACCCAACAUGUGCUCCGUCAGAGCCCCAAGCCCCGCUGCCGUGUCGCGCCGCCUCUCUCACCUCCUCCCGCGGCGGCGCGGGGCAGCGAGCUUCCGCUGCUCCGCCGCCCCGUCCCGGCGGAGUUACAGCGUCACGCUCAUCCCCGGAGACGGCAUCGGCCCGGAGGUCGUCUCGGUCGCAAGAGACGUGUUGUUUCUCGUCGGUUCUCACGAAGGCGAGGCCCUUCCCCUCAAACUAACUGUUCCUUCUUUACUCGUUCCAUCGUCGUGGUCGCCAUUCUCAUCACCUCUCUGAUUCCUUGUGUUGUUGCCAUUUCUGCCAAAAAUUGUGCUUUUUCCAACGACGGGAAACUGAUCUAGGGAUCGAGUUCAGAUUCCAAGAGGUGCCAAUGGGCGGCACGGCUCUGGACGCGGUCGGAGUUCCGCUCCCGGAGGAGACCCUCUCCACCGCAAAGGAUUCAGACGCAGUCCUCCUCGGCGCCAUUGGAGGGUCAGUGUGGAUUGCCUGUCUGCCUUUUUCUUUUAUGUGCUGCCUGCAGCAGGAUCAAUGAGAAGACUCGGGUCUAACCUCCUUUACUGGCCUCCGAGAGACCCACUCUAAUGUACCCAAUCUCGGGUUUUCCUUGAGGACUUGAUUUCGUUUCUUGCUCAUUAUUCUCCUCUGGUCCCAUCGAAACACUGGGGAAUCUCCAGGUACAAAUGGGAUUCGAAUGAGAAAAGUUUGAAGCCUGAGACGGGGUUGCUUCAGCUCCGGGCGGGACUUGGAGUCUUCGCCAAUCUGAGACCAGCUUCUGUCUUUCCCCAGGUAAUCUCUAUCUCUAACGCCAUUACACUUCAAUUCACCAGAAAAUGUUCUUUCAUGGACGUCCUCAAUUGGGCGUGAUUUUUUCUUCUACCCGCUCGAAAUAGCCUCAGACUAAAUCAUAACGUCAACAUCUUCUUCCUGUAGGCUUCUGUCCAUGAGUUAAUGGCCACUCAGUUUGAAUUGCAUAAUGUCUGUGAUCGUCACAUUAACUUUACGUUUAGUGAUCAUAUAUUCUAGAAGGGUCAAACAAAAGGGGGAGCUUAGUUCAAAAGUCAAAUAGAAGUGCAAAAUAGGCUAGGAAAAGUUUGGUAAUAUAGAACUAAAGAACUCUGGUGAAUGGAAUGGGUGUGCCAAUAACAGUGAAAUGGUAGUUCUCUAGUGUACUUUGCACUUAAUUUUAUCAUCAUCGCCCUCAUUGUUCUUUUUCUGAUUGGAUUCCAUGGGCAUGCAAUGUACAAUCCAAGGAUUUGAGAAGGUGGUUACUAAUUUGGAAAAUUCAACAUUAAAAGGCCUACCUGAUCAGUUUAUAUAAUACAUGAAGAGCAAACGGAUCAACCUUAAUUUCUGGACUGUUGUUCUUCCGCUUUUUUUAAAUAGAAGUGAACUUGAUGAAAUCCUUCGCUAUUAAAGAAGAAAUUAUUUGGGAUAUGUUUUUAGAGCAGUUGAAGAACGUGCGAAACUUCGUUAAAGAGUUUGCUCUUGGUAGCUUGAAAGUAACUACUUCCAGCUACCAGUUAUGUUGUUCAUGAGACCCUAGUUCUGUCCAGGUAAAGAAAUUAUUUUUCUUCUUGGGCUAACCCUAUUUCUUUCUAUUAAUGGACAUUUUCAUUGGUUUUUAUUUUUCUCAUGGUCCUAUGUUACGAUGAAAAGGACCUUAGUUUUCCUAAGACAUCUGGAUGAUUAUUUUUUUAAUGAUUUUUCUUUGCUGUAUUCUGAAGAAGGCAUCCAUUGACAUUCUGGGUUUCAAUGCUUCAUGUAGCUAGUUGACUCUUCCACACUAAAGAGAGAGGUUGCUGAGGGAGUUGACAUCAUGGUUGUACGAGAGCUCACUGGAGGUGUUCACAGUGCUGGCUUCAUUCUGACCGAUAUACUCUACAAAGAAAUCUCUUUUUUUAUCAGUCUCUCACUUAUUUACGACAGGAAUCUAUUUUGGGAAGCCAAGGGGCUUCGGGACCAAUGAAAGUGGUGAAGAGAUCGGUUUUAAUACCGAGGUGUAUUCUGCAUCUGAGGUACUGACGGAUUCUUCCUCCUCCCCUUGGUUUUGAAAAAUGACAACUUUGUACCCAUCUGGGGCAUUGAUUUGCAACUUUGAUUGAUGACUGAUGUGUAAACAUAAAAAAAUAAUGAUGGCCAAUGACUCGUUCCCCAACAUAAAAAAAAGACUCUUUCAGCGGUCUUAAUGAUUCAAAGCAACGGUUGUGACAGUUCUCUAGGAUCCCUCUGGUGGUUACAGGUCGUACAGAGCGAGGUGAGCUUUAGAAGAAAGACUAGAAAAAGGAAAAGGAGAAGAUAUGAUGGCCACUUCAUGCCCCAGAAAUGAUGAAAUCUUCAUCCUCGGAGAGGAGAAGACAGUUUCAUGGUAGAGAAAAUUUCAUACUAUCUGUCACAAUGGCAUAGAAUAUUUAAUUCACUUUGGUCCAAUCAAGUUCUCUACUCCACUCUUAGGCCCAAUAGGGUAUGUACUCCACCUAGCUUGAAGGAUUUAAUAUGUGAGAAACCAUUCUAUCACCAGGCACUCCCCAGUUUAGGCACUAAGAUUGGAUUGGACCUAACCGACUGCAUUUUUUUUUACUGCAUUGCGUUCUUCCUUUUGAACAAGUGGACCCAAAUGGCGCCUUUCAUAUUCUCCCUAUUUUUCUGCGUGAUGCUCUAGUGUAAACUGUUGCAUGAGACUCUAACUCUCGGUAAAAAAAUAAAAAAGUAGAAAGGAUUGAUGCUAAUAAUGUAAUUUAUUUCGAAUUCUCUCAGAACAGAAGAGCAGUCCUUCUGCAGUUAUAAUUCUAACGAAUUAUAACUUUCAUAUAUUUCGUAUUAGUAGUGCUGCUAGUUUUCAUGGAUAUAAUCUUGUGAUCCAGUGUGCACUGACUUCAGUUUGGUAUUUGUUUGAUGGCUGAACAGGUUGAUCGAAUCGCGCGUAUUGCUUUUGAAACUGCCCGAAAACGGGGUGGGAAGCUUUGUUCUGUUGACAAAGCUAACGUAUUGGAGGUACAUCUCCUGGAACAGAGUGUUCGUUCAAAAGAAGCCAUGCCCCCUCCUCCUUCAAUGGCCCAUAGUAAUCGAUCGGAGAGAAUAUUGCGAAAAAGAGAAAUAAAAGGCUUCUAAAUAAGAAAAUUAAGAGAGAUAUAUGACUUUGGCCAGUUUAUCAAAUUAAUAUUGGAAUCAUUGGACAAUUAGCUAAAUAUCCGUUGAGAAUUUAACGUUGAGACUGUUGGGUAAAACUAUCGAGAUUUGUGUACUAAAAAUGCAUUAAGUGGACAAGUGUUUUUAACGUAGCUAAUAUUCACAGGCAUUAAGUGGUGAGAUAGACUUAACACUGAUUAUGUACAGUGGGGAUGAUCUAAAUUUAAGCUAUGAACUUAAUUUGAUUUGUUCAAAGUAUGAAAGAAUUUAAGAAAGGAAAAAUUAUGUCACAAUAGCCAGGCGACUAGAUAUUGACAGAAUUAAUUUGUUGAGAAUAAAAUGGAUACAUAUUCGUACUGAACACGUAAGGUUUAGAUUGAAUGGGGGUACAUUUAUGUAGUCUACUGAUGGGGCCUCAAUUGCUUUCUUCAGGCAUCUAUCCUUUGGCGAAGAAGGGUGACAAUGAUGGCAUCAGAAUUCCCAGACGUGGAACUUUCCCACAUGUACGUGGAUAAUGCUUCUAUGCAACUCGUUCGGAACCCUAAACAGGUCUCAACCCGGUACCCUGCUUCCUUUUUCAGUUAUUUUGAAAAGAUCCUACAACUUUUUUAUGGUGUCUUCUGGAAUAUAGCUAUUGUCUGAUGUCAAAGCUGAAAAUUGUGGCAGUUUGAUACAAUCGUGACGAACAACAUCUUUGGUGAUAUUUUAUCUGAUGAAGCUUCCAUGAUCACUGGGAGCAUCGGGAUGCUGCCAUCUGCCAGCCUGGGUUACUCGGUAAUCACAGAGAAUACCCCCCCACCGCCCCAAAUAAUAAUAAUCAUAAGAAAAUAAUAAUAAUAAUAAUAAUAAUUAUAAUCGCUCAAUGCAUGACGCUUUAGAGAAAUUUGUGUAGGGGCCUGGUCUCUUCGAACCCAUCCAUGGCUCCGCUCCUGACAUUGCUGGACAGGUUGUGUGCCCUCUUUGUAAUUUCAUCUCUUCAAAAGCUUGAAUUGAAUAUCCUGCUUCAACAUAUACUCUUCUUUAAAGUUUAAGAUUAUAAAGCUGGGAGUCAUAUAUUGAUCCAUCUCUUUUUCUCUCUACCUUCUGUGAUUGAAAAUUUUCAGGACAAAGCAAACCCAUUGGCAACAGUUCUUAGUGCAGCCAUGCUAUUGAGAUAUGGCCUGGGAGAGGAAAUUGCAGCCAAAAGGAUCGAGAACGCAGUGCUAGAGACUUUGGAUAGAGGGUAUCGAACUGGGGACAUUUUCUCCACUGGAUCGGUGAGCCUUUUAUGAAAAGUUUAGUCAGAUCGAAUUCCUUUCUCCCAUCUGGUUGGCCUUAGUUUUCUCUCUGGGAUAAUAACCUUUAGUUGUAAAUAUUGUCCAAGAUUUCACAAAUUGUUUCCUCUUUUAGAUAUUAAUAACUUCUCUCCUCUGUCAGGACCUUGGUAGCUGUAACUCUUUAUAAACUGUUUUUUACAAUCAUUUCAGUCAACCAAUUAGUCUUAAUUUUCUAUGGGGGGACAACAGCUUUAUAAAUAUGACCCAUGGUUUCAUGCAUGUUUUGCUUGUUCUCUUUCCUUGGAAAGUAAUGUCUUCUCUCUCUAGAUCUUGGUUAGCUGUAACCCUUUUAUAAACCCUUCUACGAUAAUAUCGAGAUAGAAUUACACACUCAUAAAUUGAGUCCAGAUUUCACACGUUUUUGCUUUAUUUUCUUUCCUUAGCCGUUAAUCAGUCUUCUCUGCUCUCUAGACCUUGGUAGGGUGCAAGAGGAUGGGCGAAGAGGUGUUGAAGUCGGUCAACUCCCAGAAGCCGGUCGCUGCCAUAUGA